AUCCAGGAUGUAAGUGUGUCGUAUAGUACGUUAAACUGGCAAAGAUGUUUACAAUAAAUACAUUCGGCAUUUUAUUUUCAGUUACAGUGACAAUGAGCGAAAAGACUAGAUGAAAGCCGUAGACGUUUAUAUCUCGUUUUGAUUGCACUGUGCACGAGCAUUGGGGAUUGAAUGGUCAUUGAUUGCUGUCCUCGGUGGGGAUUGCAGCUUGGCCUGUCAGACUUCUCCUAUUACAAGCAUGUUUAUUUCAUAAAGAUGACAACGAGAGGCACCUCAUAAACUAAAUGACUGUCAGAAAUAUCGCCUCCAUUUGUAAUAUGGGCACCAAUGCCUCUGCUCUGGAGAAAGACAUUGGUCCAGAGCAGUUUCCCAUUAAUGAACACUACUUUGGAUUGGUCAAUUUUGGAAACACGUGUUACUGUAACUCAGUGUUGCAGGCCCUGUAUUUCUGCCGGCCGUUCAGGGAGAAUGUGUUGGCGUAUAAAGUCCAGCAGAAGAAGAAGGAAAACCUUCUCACGUGUCUGGCAGACCUCUUCCAUAGCAUCGCCACGCAGAAGAAAAAGGUUGGGGUGAUCCCUCCUAAGAAGUUCAUCUCACGUCUGCGGAAGGAAAACGACCUGUUUGAUAACUACAUGCAACAGGACGCCCAUGAGUUCCUGAACUACCUGCUGAAUACGGUGGCUGACAUCCUGCAAGAAGAGAAGAAACAGGAGAAACAGAACGGACGGCUGAAGAACAAUGGCACUGCCAUCUCUGCGGAAACCGAGCCAGAACCGAACAAGGCCGAGCCCACCUGGGUUUACGAUAUCUUCCAGGGCACGCUGACCAAUGAGACACGCUGUCUUAACUGUGAGACGGUCAGUAGCAAAGACGAAGACUUCUUGGAUUUGUCUGUAGAUGUUGAGCAGAACACUUCAAUAACACACUGUCUCAGGGACUUCAGUAAUACAGAGACCCUGUGCAGUGAGUAUAAAUACUACUGUGAGAUGUGCUGUAGCAAACAAGAGGCACAGAAACGCAUGCGUGUAAAGAAGCUUCCUAUGAUUUUGGCGCUACAUUUAAAGCGGUUUAAGUACAUGGAGCAGCUGCAUCGCUACACUAAACUGAGCUAUCGGGUGGUGUUUCCGCUGGAGCUCCGCCUCUUCAACACCUCCGUAGAUGCCGUCAACCUCGACCGCAUGUACGACCUCGUCGCUGUGGUGGUCCACUGUGGCAGUGGGCCGAACAGAGGGCAUUACAUCACCAUUGUCAAGAGUCAUGGCUUCUGGUUGCUGUUUGAUGAUGACAUCGUGGAGAAAAUUGAUGCACAGGCGAUAGAAGAGUUCUACGGUUUGACCUCUGACAUCUCCAAGAACUCUGAGUCAGGAUACAUCCUGUUCUAUCAAUCCAGAGAAUGAAGGAACCAAGCGGGAAAUCGAUUAAAGGAGGAAACGAGAGCAUCAAAAGGAAAGGGGCACACAUGACAAAUUCCUUUCUCAUAUCCCUUCUCCUUUACUCAUUUCACACUCAGGGUCUCCAGUUUAUACUGGGUGCCAAAGGCCCUCUGUAAUUUGCCAAUAUGACAAUUCCUAGAAUUCCCCUUUCCUGUUGCAUUCUGGGAAAUAUACAUCUUUGAAUCUGACCCCAAGUCAGUCACCUGCAUCUGGAAGGCACUUUAUAAACAAAAAGAACAAUAACACAAAAGUAACACGUAACCACAAUAUUUAACUACAGUACUCGUCGAAACUUGAAGGAAUUAAACGCUACAACAGGAGCAAGGCAAAAGCACUCCUAACAGACUUGGUACAAGAAUCACUAUUUCAGAUCAUUCAGUGCCCAGGAAAGUGCCUGUCAUCCUGGGUACAUGUAACAAAGGAAGAUGGUUUAUUUCUGGAUCCCUUGCUUUGGGCUAGCGAUCAGAGACCCGGUUUAGAAUCACCAUGUUUCUGUACUGUGACGCACACCCUUCGGUUUUCUUAAUCCGUGACAGUCUUACAAAGAUUCUGAAACACCUUCAGUAGCUGAUGCAUCUUUAUCAGCCUAUGGGCUGCAUGCACUGUGUGCUUGGUUUGGAUUGAAGUAUGUUGUGGGAAUUGUUGACUGGGAGCGUGUUAUGUGAUUGAAUGUUUAGCGAGUUUAUUUGUUUUGCAGAGAUUCAAAAGUAUGUGUGUGUGAGCGUUUGGACAGUAAACGCAGAAUGCUGCUCUCCAAUGACUUCACAAAGAAAUAGACCGUGCAACCAAUUAGAGAGUUUGAAGUGACUGAAGUUGUUUGCCUCACAUCUUUUCAAAGAAGAGUCCUAUUGAUGGCUUGUUCUCUUCCGGUAACAAUGAAAAAGCACAUUGUUGUCCAAAUGCUGCUUCUCUCUCCUACAGGCUUUCAUUCUUUCGUUCUUAUCUAACACUGUUGUUAUCUAACUUCCAUUGUAGGUAAUGGCCUUACAUUGAAGUGUGCUUUAGGAACCCCGCAGUUGGCUUUGGUUGAGGUUUUCUGGUUGAGUCUAGCUCUGUUCUUGUCUUGUGUGCAGAAAUCUGCCAAUAGCCAAACUGGCUUCCCAGCCUGCUUCUAUUGGGUUUAGUUUCAGAUGAUGUCAUUUAGUUGACAACUUCAGUUCAAGUUCAUGAUCCUUGAUAAAUAAGAGUACAGUAGAAUUAAAUUAUUAUUUUUGUUGAAA